AUGAGUGCUGCUGCAACCCCCACAAAGAGACGCGCCCUGGGCGCGAUUGACGUGAACGUGUCGAGGUCUCCUCGGUCACCGUCAUCGCUCAAGCUGUCCAUCAAAGGAGGUGUCACGGUCGGCGGCGGCAGCCCGCUGAAGAAGAGCCCAGGCGUAGUGCUGUCCCGUCACGCGACGCCCUCCCCACCACGUGAGAAGAGGACCGGCACGCCCAAGAAGAAGAGGCCGCUUGAGGAGGCCGAGAACGUCCGGCCGAUUGUUAAGAAGCUGUGCGCUGGGAGCCCGGUCAAGACGUCGUCGCCGUCCAAGGCGACGAGGAUCCCUAAGGUGGACACGCUGCUCAAACCAGCAGAUGAGGACGACGAGACGCCGGCCUCGCAGCCUGCUACGGCACGGAGGUCGAUAUCGCCCGACGCGAGCUCGGUCUUUGAUAACUCGACUAUCAACACCUCCCAGUUUACCACCAUCACGGAGCCGGAUACCGACGCGCCCAUCACGACGACUGCACCUGCGGUUCCUGUAUCUGGGGCUGCGGCGGCCUCGGCUGUGCCGGAUGUGAUACCCAACCUGCCGCCACCGCGACCGCGUCGGGUCCCGACGCGUGAGGAGUUCAGACAGAAAGCAGAGAUCCUCAAGCUCCGCCUCUCCCUCGCCAGCUACAAGGUCAGGACCAACCAGACCGAUGUGCCUCUCGACAAGCUGCAGGUCCGCCCCGUCCCAGGCAUGACCCGCCGCCGUACUCCUCUGCCCUCCAUGACGGCACACACUGUCGAGAGGUCCACCCCCGUACAGUACUGGUAUCGGUCGGUGGAGGCUCGGAGGGCGCCGCUGCCGGAGUCACGAGUUGCAGGCAGAAACACUGCGGAAGUUGAUGAUGGUAAUAACGAUGAACAGCAGGAAGAAGAGGAGGGGCGAAAGGUGGUCGGCACGGUUGUCGCCGUGGGCGGACGCUACUGCGGGCCGGAGGGACAGCAGGCACUGCCGGACCUCGCGAGUGUGUCGACACCACGCAAGACGAGAGAUGGGUGGGAGGAGGACAGGCUGACUAGCAGCGCACUGAAGGGAGGCGCGGCGAAGGGUCUGUUGAGUCUGUCGCAGGGGUCGCUCUGA